AUGGGGUGGAGGGUGCAGCGGGCGCUCUCUGAACCUCUCCAGCCCACACAUCUAUGCAGGUGUCAGAGACUGUGUUGGGGACCGGACCAGCGCUCCGGGGCACCCUCUCCAACCCCACCUUCUCCCCUGUUGCUCUCUGCUUUCCAUAAUUCUGUUGUUUUUCUUGUUGCAGUUACGGACAAAUUCACUGAGAGCAUGUACGUCCUGGCCAACGAGCCCUCCGUGGCACUGUACCGGCUCCAGGAGCACGUGCGGAGAUCCCUUCCGGAGCUGGCGCAGCACAAGUCCGACAUGCAGAGCUGGGAGGAGCAAAGCCAAGGAGCCAUCUACACAGUGGAGUACGCCUGCAGUGCCAUAAAGAACAUGACUGACAGCAGCGUGUACUUCAAGAGCAUUGACAGUCUGCUCAAACACGCCAUAGCCAUGAAGGACCAGCUGAACGCUGCUCAGGGCCGCAGCACCGUUGCCCCACAAGCCAAGAAUCCUCCGGCCAGUUCCUGAUUUCAGACAAGACUGGCUGUCCUCUGCUGCCUUCUCCAGCCCAGCCCUAUGUUCUCCAACCACGGGGAGGAGUAGAAACCACCUGCGAAGCUGCACAGAGGCCCCUGCCUGCCCUUCCCAGUAACAAGGUGCUGCACCUGAGCAGGCAGGUCCUGCCGCUGGGCUCAGGGCUGCCUUCGCGGGUUGCUUUGGGGAGCAGUUGUGUCCCUUUCCACAGCACUUUGCAAAAGGGAAACGGGGUGGAGCUGCACUUGUCCCUUCCAGUUCUUUCCAAUGGCAGACUGCUAUGAGGCGUUUUUCUCUCUACCUCUUGGCCACAGAAAUAUCUCGGAAAAACUAGGUCUUGCUUUCAGUAUUUUGCAGAUGGCUGUGUAAAGACGUAAUGUAGGCACACUUCAGCUUCGUUCAGGAGGCAUUCAGCAAGGAGGGGUUUUCAUGUGUGUGCCAGGGAGCUGCUGAAAUUGGUUUUAGUGAGAACAAUAAUAAAAAGGAAAAAACCAAGAAAGUUGUGUCGAAAACCUUCCCCUGUUGCUCGCCUCGGGCUGGGGGGUCUUGGAGCCUGCUGGCUCCGCGUGUUUCAAAGGGCAUGGAGCAAAACAAAGACAUGCAGAGUUGGAGCCUUUCAAGUGAAAAAAGAAACUGUCCUGUUCUUCAAAAAAAAAAAAAAAACC